GCCCUUCUGCCAAACUCAAAUCACAGUUGAUAUAUCCCCCACAUCAACUCCCAACAUAAUUUGAUGUUUCCUAACGUUGAACCUCAUCGUCGUUGCCUAUAUCUUGACUACUUGCGUUCUUGAAGUUGACCAAAGCAAGUCCCAAUAUCAACAUGUCUUCGAAAGCUAGAGUGCUGCUGGUGGGUAGCGGCGGCAUCGGCACGGUGACAGCUCUGAACCUCGAGCAAGGUGGCCAUGCCGAGGUCACAGUCGUAUGCCGAUCCAAUUAUAAGGCUGCCAAGGAGAAAGGCUUCACGAUCGACUCUUGCGACCACGGUAAAUUCGAAGGCUGGAAACCAUCAGAAAUCCUCAACAAGAUCCCAGACGUCUCGGCCGACAAGUCAAGCAAGCCAUUCGACUAUAUCAUUGUCACGACCAAGAACAUCCCCGAUGUACCUCCGACGGUGGUAGACUUGAUCAAGCCAGCUGUGACACCAGAACACUCGGUCAUCGUGUUGGUUCAGAACGGCUUGAAUAUCGAAAAGCCUCUGCACAAGGCGUUCCCCACCAACGUCGUUCUCUCUGGUGUUUCGCUCAUGGGCGCUAAUGAAAUCGCACAUGGCCACAUUGUUGAGGAGGAUCCCGACAGAUUGUUCAUAAGCCCGUUCUUGGGAUCAGCGAUCGAUGAUGAAAAGGAGAUUGCCGCCGCCAAAGAAUUUGUCAGAAUCUACCAGGCAUCUGGCAAGGUACAGUGCUCAUACGAGGCGGACGUGUUGUUCGUCCGCUGGAGGAAGCUCAUGUACAACGCCGUCUGGAACCCAAUCUGCGCGUUGACAGACAUGGACACGACUCGUCUUCGCCUGAUGGCGUCUGAAGACGAUCCUGCCAGCCCGGUCAAUCUGCUCGUUCGACCGGCUAUGAACGAAGUUCGAGCUGCGGCAAAGGCUGCAGCGAAUGUGGACCUACCUGAGUCACUGGUCGAGGACAUGGUCGAGGCCGACCCCAUGGAGAUCUGGUGUUGCCCGAGCAUGUUGCAGGACAAGCGGAAGAAGCGGUACAUUGAGUAUCAGAACAUCGUGGGAGAAGCACUUCGGGACGGCGAGAAAGCAGGAGUGGCGAUGCCAACUGUGAGAACCAUCUUUGGGCUUUGUAAGGCUGUCCAGUGGCGGACGAUGGACCACCAUGGGUUGGUUGAUCCUGAAAAGAUGUUGAAGGAAAAGACAAAGGCAUGAAAAUACCUUUGACGUACAAAGACAUUUCGGACGACCGUGUAAGCUCUCCAGUCCGAUGAUGCAACCAAUUGAAAGAAGUUAGUAGUGGUACGAAAUAUUGCUUGCCAUACGUCUGUCGAUUAGCCAUAUUCUUGCCCAUCUGAGAGGCAUACCUCUGCUUCUUUGAUGUGAUGGCUUCGGAAUCUCGGAAUCCUCAAUAACAACUUUCUACACUCGUCUCACAGCAUCCCUCAGCACGAG